CCAUUUCGUCAUUUUGGGUAGUCCCUGGAGUGGCGGGGAACUGCAGGGCUCUUUUCCUGUGCUGUCCUGUGCGUUGGUGGGCGGGGCUGCAGUCAGACCCGAUAUCUGCCCCCAGCCCACCGCUGCGGCCACAGUCAGACUGGUGGGUACCUUAUCUUCCCCUCUCCCAGGGGCAGGACUCACUGUGGAGUGGUGUGGCCCCUGUCUGGGUUACUUGCACACUGCCAGGCUUGUGGUGCUGCUGUGAUGGGAUCUGACCCAGGGCAUAUUAGCUGGGGUGGAUCCGCAAGGUGCAAAGGGGUGGGAGGGGUAGGCUCAGCUCGCUUUGUGAUUGGUGGUUCCCUGUGGGAGGGGCCCUACAGCACUGGGAGGGAGGCAGACCCAUCGGAGGGAUGGAUCCACAGAAGCACAGCAUUGGGCAUUUGCACGGUGGAAGUAAGUUCCCUGAUGGGAACUGGUUCCCUUUGGGGUUUUGACUGGGGGAUGGGAGAGGGAGCUGGUACUGGCCACUGCCUUUGUUCCCCGCCGAGCUGAGCUCUGUCUUCCGGGGCUCAACAACUCUCCCUCCUGGUGUCCUCUUGCCCUCCCACUCUCUGAGCAGAGCCGUUGACUCUUAAUAUUCCCGAUGUUAAGUCCCGCUGGCUGUCAGAACUCAUGCAGUCUGGCCCCAAUGUUUUUGCAAGCCAGACUUGGGGGCUCUGCCUUGCCCAGCGGGCUGCCCCUCCACUGCCCUGGCUCCCCUCUGCCAGUCCAUGAAGGACGCACUGCUCUCCACCCUUCCUACCCUCUUCCAUGGCCCUCUUGUCUACGCUUGGCUCUGGAGAGUCCAUUCUGGUAGUCUUCUGGCCGUUUUCUGGGUUAUUUAGGCUGAUGUGGUUGGAAUCUAAGCGAUCAGCAGGACGAGGUGAGCCCAGCAUCCUCCUAUGCCUCCAUCUUUCUCUGUCUUCAGCAUUUUAUAGUUUUUAAGUGUACAAAAGUUUUUGCCUCCUUAUGUAAGUUUAUUCUUAAAUAUUCUUUUUGAUGCUGUUGUAAAAGGAAUUGUAUUUCCUCUCUGAGUUGUUCUUUGGUAGGAUAGAAUUUCAAUGUUUUUUCAUGAUACAAGUAACCUCGCAACAAAUUGGGUAUAGAAGGCAUGUACCUCAACAUAAUAAAGGCCAUAUGUGACAGAUCCAUAGCUAACAGGACACUCAACAGUGAAGUUUGGAAGCUUUCCCACUACAAUCAGGAAGUUGAUGAGAGUGCCCACACUUACCAUUCCUUUUCAAAGGGCCCUGGAAUAAAAAUUUGUGUGAAGUUUUUACCAUUUUCUAUACAUAGGUCAUGCCAUCAAUGAAGUGAGAACAAAUUGCUUAUAAUUAAUGUUUACUUAAUUUUACUACCUGUAGGUGUUUCCAAUGGUAGCUGCCUUCUGUCCUGUGGAUCUCAGUAAGCAUCAUCUUUGAAGAAAGACCUUCCCUGGUCACCUUCUCCAUAGUAGAAUUCUCCCUGAGUACCCUGUUUGCUGUCUUAUUAGCACUGAUGAAGACUGUAAUUAGUUUCCUAAAUUGUCCUAUUACGUACUGCCUGAUUCUGUUAUGAGAAUAGAAGGUCCAUGCAGGAAGGACCUGUUGCAUAAUUUGCCCCCCUAUUUCAUUAAUUGCUGUGUCCACUCUCAUAGCAUGGUUUCUGGAAGUAACCAGGAGCCCCAAAUUAAGGAAAAUAAUAAUUGGAUAAAUAGUUUUUCUGUCUAAAUCUGUGAAUAAAUAUCUACAAUAUCUACCACAAUUCAAGGUAGAAUAAAUUGAAUAUUAAAUACAAGGCAAGAAAAACUUGCUAUGGCAAGUGGGGAAAUACAUGAUAAAUUAAUCUUCCCUAAAACAAAAUGGGCUGAAAUUUUAUUUUUGUCUGGCAGUAGUUUUACAAUGGUUCUAAAGCUAUUUUUUUUUUGUUAUUGUUACAUCUUCCUAAUUAUCUGAUUUCGCAAAAUAGGAUCUUUAUAUAGAUAUUUUUGAAAGUUUCUGCAAAAAUUCCCAGUGAAUUUAAUUAAGCAAGAAGCAGUCUUGGACACUUCCCAACUCUAGGACUUAAUGAAGAAUGUGGUUAGAAAGGAUAAAAUGUCCAGUGAUCUUUGCCCUACUGGGAAGAAGAUACUAUACUCUUAAAUUGAUACACAUUUUAAAAGAAGGUUUCUGUUAGGCUUAAAGAAUUGCCUACAGACUAGCACAAGAAUGCCUCUUAAAAUAUCAAGUCAGCUAAUGUGACCAAAGCAACAGUAUAGAAUGAGGAUACCUGAGCCUUUGAAUGGUAUUUUUCUGUUUAGAAAUCAGAGGGAAAGAAGUUACUUGAGAAAAAUCUGCCUGGGAAAUGACUGGUAGCUAUUUUUCUUAUGUAAGGAUAGGAAUUUCUUGUCUUUUUAAUAAAUUAUCCUAAUGUGAUAAAUUUUUGCUUUUCUAUAUGGCCCUGGGAAUUCCCAGGAAACGAUCUGCAGUGCAAAUAAAAUCAACCUUCUGAAUAUUCAGGAGACUCCAUGGAGAAAAUGGAUAGACAGUCAAAUGAAAUAAAAUAUGUCCUCAAGUAAUAAUGCAGCUUUUUUGCUUUCUCUUGUCAAAUUGGAUGACAGAUGAAAUCCAGGUUGCUGUGAAUGAGUAAAAGGUGUUCCUUCAGAUUGCAGACUUGCCUUCCCAAGGAAAAGGAGGCAUAUCCGAGCAAAAAUGCUAAGAAAGAGGUCUCAGUGAAGGAAGAAACAACCCAGGGCAGUGACCUUCCAUUCCUAAUUUGAACUACUCAUUUUGAAUAUAUCACCUGCUUCUAAUAUGAGAAGUCAGCUCCUAUGCAGACUAGAUGGAACCAAGGAGCAAUGUCACUUACUUUUUCCUCUUGGGUCUCACACAGGAUCCAAAGGGACAGAGGGUCCUUUUGGUUAUGUUCUUACACUUCUAUAUUUUGACCAUAGUGGGCAAUUUGCUCAUUGUCAUGACUAUAACUGUCAGUAGGACCCUGGACUCACCUAUGUAUUUUUUUCUUGCUAGCUUAUCGUUUAUGGAUGUCAUUUAUUCCUCUACUAUUUCCCCUAGAUUGAUUUCAGACUUGUUGUUUGGGAAAAACACCAUAUCCUUUCAAUCUUGUAUGACCCAGCUGUUUACAGAGCACUUUUUUGGUGGGUCAGAGGUCUUUCUUCUGCUGGUGAUGGCCUAUGACCGCUAUGUGGCCAUCUGUAAGCCCUUGCAUUAUUUGGUUAUCAUGAGACAGUGGGUGUGUGUUGUGCUCCUGGUAGGCUCCUGGGUUGGAGGUUUUCUGCAUUCAGCCAUUCAAGUUAGCACUAUUUAUAGACUCCCAUUCUGUGGUCCCAAUGUCAUCGAUCAUUUUUUGUGUGACAUGUACCCCUUACUGAAACUGGUCUGUACUGACACCCAUGUUAUUGGCCUGUUAGUGGUGGCCAACGGAGGACUGAUCUGCACAAUUGUGUUUGUGCUCUUGCUCAUCUCUUAUGGUGUCAUCUUGCACUCUCUAAAGAACCUUAGUCCGGAAGGGAAGCGGAAAGCCCUCCAGACCUGUGGUUCCCACAUCACUGUGGUGGUCUUCUUCUUUGUGCCAUGUAUUUUCAUGUACGUGAGACCUGCUAAGACCUUCCCUAUUGACAAAUCAUUGAGUGUGUUCUAUACAGUCAUAACCCCCAUGCUGAACCCCCUGAUCUACACUCUGAGAAAUUCUGAGAUGACAAAUGCUAUGAGGAAGCUCUGGAUGAGAAAUAUAUCUCUUAGUAGAUAAAUAUAUAACCCACCAUGAGGAGACUUAUUUUUCAUUGGACCCCCUUUUUGAAGAAUGCAGAAGUCUUAAAAUGAUUCUGAUUUCCCUUUUUUCAAAGAACUUAAUUAUAAUUAAAGAAAGAACUGGAUGAUUGUGCUAUAAUAACAGUUUCCCUUGUUGCUAGAAUGUAAGGUCCAUAACAUCUUGUAGAUCUCUUCAUUUAGAAAUGUGUAAUGCCUUUCUAGUAAAGAAUCAAUAAUAGGUAAUGAAUAGUGAGGGAUUAUUUAUAUGAUUACACUAAUUCUUAAUUAAAAAAAUUUAAAAACAUUUUUUUCUGAGACAGUAUUAUUUUUAGUAAGACUCUGUUAGUUAACUUCAUUCUUUUUAUAUUAUUUAAAACAUUAAUGCCAUAUAGACUUUUCUUUAUUAAUUUUUGGUUGCCUUAUAUAAAAUAUUGAUUAAUACUUUUAGUUUACAUAAGAAAAAUUGAAGUGUAAUAGGUAGUAAAUAGUAGUAAUGAAAACCUUACAAAAUGAGAUAAAGUGUAGAAUAAAUUUCCUAUUUAUCUCUCGAAUAGUUUCCAAUCCUUUUCCCCAGAGGCAGUUUCUUUAGACUCAUUAGGUAAUAAUCUUUACAAACACACGUGUAUUUAAAUGUUUAUAUGUGAGUUUUUCUCUGUGUAUGUAAAUAUUUCCUUUACUGUAGAAUUUCUUUUUAUAAAUAAACUUUUAAGUUUGUAAUAGUUUUAUUGAUUUAUUUUUAGUGUUGUAAUUGAAGUAUAGUUGACAUAGAAUAUUACACUAGUUUCAGGCAUAUAACAUUAUGAUUCAAGAAUUAUGUACAGUAUGGCAGUGGGUGGAUUUGGGGAAGAAGGGAGGUGUUGAGCAUUCCCUUGGAGAGCCCUCAUUUUUGCAGGCCCCCAGGCUUGGGGCGCCUCUGUUUCCCAUGGCAGGGCACCUGGCUUUCACUUGGCAUUGUUGCACCCACACGGUAGGGGUGGUGUGGAGAUGAUGGGCCACAGACCCGCUGGAUUGACCCUGGGACCUUGACUGAGCUUCCAAGGCCCUCCUGAUGGGUCAGGAAUUGGGCCAGGUGUCGGGCCGGGCGCUAGGGUGUGGGGGAUGCCCCGGUGCCUCCUAAUGUGUGAGUUCUAUCAGGGGAUGGAGUAC